CGCCGCGGCGGUCCCUGCCCGGGCUCGGCGCGCGGCGCUCGGCGCUCAGCGCGCGCACUGGGACCCGCACCGGGACCCGGGACCCGCACCGGGACCUGCACCGGCACCGCCCCGCGCCGGGACCGGUACUGCCCUCCCCGGGAGCGGCACUGGGACCGCCCGCCCCGGUACCGGCCCCGGGAUCGCCGGCCCCGCCCGCCCCGCCCGGUACCGCGCCGCUACCGGCCCCACCAUGAUGAAGUUUCGGUUCCGGCGGCAGGGUGCCGACCCGCACCGUGACCGCCUCCGGCACGACCUCUUCGCCUUCAGCAAGACGGUGGAGCACGGCUUCCCCAGCCAGCCCAGCGCCCUGGCCUACGACCCCACCCUGCGUGUGAUGGCCAUCGGUACCAAGGCGGGAGCCGUGAAGCUAUACGGCGCGCCGGGCGUGGAGCUGACGGGCUUGCACAAGGAGACUGCCACCGUCACCCAGCUGCACUUCCUCCCCGGCCAGGGCUGGCUUCUCUCCCUGCUGGACGACAACACGCUGCACCUCUGGGAGGUCUGCCAGAAGGAGGGCUGCUCCCACCUGGAAGAGACCCGCAGCUUCGGCCUCCCGGGACGCCCAGGGUCCGACAGCGCUAACUGCUCCCCCGGCAUCACGCGGGUGACGGUGGUCCUGCCGAUGUCCGCCUGCGCAGUGGCCUGCCUGGGCACCGAGGGCGGCGUGGUGUACUUCCUCACCCUGCCCACGCUGUCGCUGCUGGAGGACAAAACCCUCUUCCCGGAUGAGAUCCUGCAGAGCGUCCCUGAUGACUACCGCUGCGGGAAGGCGCUGGGGCCGGUGGAGUCCAUCCAGGAGCACCCACACGACAGCAGUCAGCUCCUCAUCGGGUACAGCCGGGGGCUGGUGGUCCUCUGGGAGCAGAGCACGCGUGCCGUCCAGCACCUCUUCCUGGGGAACCAGCAGCUUGAGAGCCUGGCCUGGGAGCAGAGUGGGAAGAGCAUCGUCAGCUCCCACAGCGACGGCGGGUACAUGGUGUGGGCGGUGAGCGGAACCGGCCAGAAGACCCAGCAGCCCGUCAUGUCCACCAUCCCCUACGGUCCGUUCCCUUGCAAAGCCAUCAGCAAAAUCCUCUGGCGGACCUGCGAGUCAGGGAACCCUUUCAUCAUCUUCAGCGGGGGGAUGCCACGGGCCAGCUACGGUGACCGGCACUGUGUCAGCGUGCUGCAGGGCCAGACCCUGGCCACGCUUGACUUCACCUCCCGCGUCAUCGACUUCUUCACGGUACAGAGCGCCGAGGCGGCUGAAGGAGGCUUUGAGAACCCCCGUGCCCUCGUGGUGCUGGUGGAGGAAGAGCUGGUGGCCGUCGACCUCCAGACGCCGGGCUGGCCCACCAUCCCUGCCCCGUACCUGGCGCCGCUCCACUCCUCUGCCAUCACCUGCUCCUGCCACGUCUCCAACGUGCCUCUCAAGCUCUGGGAGAGGAUAAUCAGCGCCGGCGAGCAGCAGAGCCCCCGGCUCUCCUCUGCAGCUUGGCCCAUUGACGGAGGGAAGAACCUGGCCCAGGAGCCCACGCAGAGGGGGCUUCUCCUCACCGGGCACGAGGACGGCACGGUACGGUUCUGGGACGCCUCGGGGGUCUCACUGAAGCCCCUCUACAAGCUGGGUACCGCCAGCAUCUUCCAGACGGACUGUGAGCACAACGACAGCCUCAACCAGGCGGGCGAGGAGGAGUGGCCACCUUUCCGCAAGGUGGGCUGCUUUGAUCCCUACAGUGACGACCCACGCUUGGGUGUGCAGAAGAUCGCUCUCUGCAAGUACACGGCCAAGAUGGUGGUGGCUGGCACAGCGGGGCAGGUGCUGGUGAUGGAGCUGAGUGACGAGAAGUCAGAGCAUGCGGUCAGCGUGGCCACGGUGGACCUGCUGCAGGACCGCGAGGGCUUCACCUGGAAGGGCCACGACCGGCUGGCCCCCAGGAAUGGGCCCCUGCCCUUCGCCCCCGGCUUCCAGCCCAGCGUGCUGGUGCAGUGCGUGCCCCCCGCUGCCGUCACCGCCGUCACCCUCCACUCCGAGUGGAACCUCGUGGCCUUCGGCACCAGCCAUGGCUUUGGACUCUUCGACUAUUACCGGCGCAACCCUGUGCUGGCCAGGUGUACGCUGCACCCCAAUGACUCGCUGGCCAUGGAGGGGCCCCUGUCCCGCGUGAAGUCCCUCAAGAAGUCCCUGCGGCAGUCCUUCCGCCGCAUCCGCAAGAGCCGGGUGUCGGGCAAGAAAAGGCUCAAUGCCAGCAGCCCCUCCAGCAAGGUGCAGGAGGCCAAUGCGCAACUGGCCGAGCAGGCGGGACCCCCCGAGGUGGAGAUGACGCCCGUGCAGCGGCGGAUCGAGCCCCGCUCGGCUGACGACUCGCUCUCGGGGGUGGUGCGGUGCCUCUACUUCGCUGACACCUUCCUCCGAGAUGCCGCCCACCACGGCCCCACGUUGUGGGCAGGAACCAACUCGGGCUCAGUGUUUGCCUAUGCGCUGGAGGUGCCGUCGCAGGAGAAGUUUUCGGAGCGGGCGGUGGAGGCAGUGCUGGGGAAGGAGAUCCAGCUGAUGCACCGGGCACCGGUGGUGGCCAUCGCGGUGCUGGACGGGCGGGGGAACCCCCUGCCUGAGCCCUACGAGGUCUCGCGGGACCUGGCCAAGGCCCCCGACAUGCAGGGCAGCCACUCCAUGCUCAUCUCCUCCGAGGAGCAGUUCAAGGUCUUCACGCUGCCCAAAGUGAGUGCCAAGACCAAGUUCAAGCUGACAGCGCACGAGGGCUGCCGGGUGCGGAAGGUGGCCCUGGUGAGCCUGGCCAGCGCUGGCUCUGAGGAGCGGCUGGAGAACUGCCUGGCCUGUCUCACCAACCUGGGGGACAUCCACAUCUUCACCGUGCCCGGCCUGCGGCCCCAGGUCCACUACAGCUGCAUCCGCAAGGAGGACAUCAGCGGCAUCGCCUCCUGCGUCUUCACCAAGCACGGCCAGGGUUUCUACCUAAUUUCACCAUCUGAGUUCGAGCGCUUCUCGCUGAGUGCCAGGAACGUGACAGAGCCGCUGUGCUGGCUGGAGGUUGCCCGGCUCCAGGACACCUCCUGCCUCAGCAACAGCUCGACGGCGACGCCGAAGCUGCCGCAGGCGAAUGGCACCCAUGUCCCAUGCAGCCCCGAGGGCCGACGCUCCCCCACCAACAGUGACCGGUCCCCUGAGGAGCACCCGGCCGCCUUCUCGCCCAGCUCCAUCGACUCCCCCAACAGCAGCAUGGAGAACCCGCUGGACACCACCGGGGACAUCACCGUGGAGGAAGUGAAGGAUUUCCUGGCGUCCUCGGAGGAAGCGGAGAGGAACCUGAGGAACGCCAGCGAGGACGAGGCCCGGCCCGUGGGGAUCCUCAUCAAGUGAGGCAUCGCCAGUGCCCGCUGCCUCCCCGGCCCAUCUCGGUGCUCGGAUUCCCGGGACGUGUGACUCAACUGGACCCCCCCACACCCCCUCCCCGCGUAACGUAGACUCGCCUCUUCUCUAACAUCCGUGCUGGCUGCCGGUGCGCCCCGGCUCUGGCACGCUCCCCCCGCACCUCCCUGCCUGGCCGCCGGCCCCGGCCCCCCCCCUGCUGCCGGCCCCGAGCUGGGGGCCAUGGUGCACAAACUCUUCCCGGGGAAGAUAAUUUUCUUUUUUAUACACGAUUGAGUGUCACUGUCCCUGCUCCAGAGCCCCCUUCCUGGGGGAUGCUGCUGCUUCCCCGGCUCCGCAGGGAGGGCUGGGGCUUGUGGACCCCCCUCAUCCCCCGGUUUUGGUCCCUCGGGGAGGUGGGGGGCCGGGAGUCCCUGGGCACGGCACCCCCAUACCCUGGUCUGUGUUUACAUGCCCAGCUCCCUGCAGUUUACAGCCCUGUCCCCUGCCUGCCGGGAGGCUCCGGCUGCCACACAGGGACUGUCCCUUUCCUGGAAGAGCCCAGUGUGGACCCCCCGGCUCCCACGUGGGCACCAGAGGGCUUGAGCAGCCCGGGGAGGGGGUCACAGGUGGCCUUUUUCUCUUAGUGGCUUCUCUAAAGGCUAUUCUCCAGGUUGGGCUCCGUGCCUGCUGCUCCUUUCUGACACUAAUUCCUGCCACGGGUGGGUUUGGGAUGGGAUCGCACUGGGGCGGGGGGACACACACCGGCUCCCAGCCCUGGUCUGUGCUGGCACUGGGGGGGUGUGGAUGGGGCAUGGGGCUGCCCCACGCCGGGGGUCUCACUGUGCCAAAUUCCCCCUGGGCUCCCCAGCCCAGCCUUGUCCUCACGGGGGGCUGCGGUGACGCCGGCUGUCACCUGGCCCACAGGGGCUGUCCCUGUGUGGCUCUGGGGCUCAGCCUGGCACCUGCCCCUCUCCUUUUGGGGAUCCGGGGCCAUUUUGGACACCCCCCUCCCCGGGCUCUUUUGCGGUACGUGUGUGGCUGGGGGGGCCAGGCGAGGCAGCGCUGCCCUGGGCUCCAUCGCUGCCUGCUGGGGCUGUAGUGUCCCUGGUAGAACCCCCCCCCCCCACCUCAUCCUUUUUUUUGGUAAGAUGAAUUUAGCAUUGUUUAGUUAUUAAAAAUACUGGUUUUUAAUAUUGAAAAUAAAGCAUUUAAUAUCAACUGCCCAGGCUGCAGGUGUUGGGGGAGCCUUGGCGGUCAGCUCGGAGCUGGGUGGGUGCUGGAGCCCCCUGAACUGUGGGGGUGACCCUGCUUGGGAGUGAGAUCGGCGUAGUCAGAGC